AUGAGCAACAAAUUUCUACAUAAAAUUGCAAAAUUGAUGAACCCAAUUGAAAAACUGAUGAACCCAGAUGGGAUCAAGAGCACAGGAACUGAAAGAAGAGAUCUUGAGAGAAGGAAAGAGAAUGUAGGGCGAAUAGAACGCUCUCAAGCUAGAGAGAGCAGGAGAGCGGACAUGGAUGCCCCCAAAGCAACUAAAGAGGAGAACAUGAAGUCCAUUAUCCGCAAAAGAAUCGAACUUUUCGAGUCCAUCAAGGCCAAACAAAAGGCCCACAUUCAGUCUCUCCCUGAGGAAUUCAUCAAGAUUACACUGGAUGGGCAGGUGAAGGAGGGGAAGAAGUGGAUAACUUCCCCUUUGAAGAUUGCUGAGGAGGUUUCAAAGACUUCGGCAUCAAAUGCUUUGGUUGCUGAGGUCAAUGGGGCUCUAUGGGACAUGACAAGGCCUUUGGAGUGUGACUGUGAGCUUAAGAUAUUCACAUUUGAAGACGGCCGUGACACUUUCUGGCACUCUAGUGCGCAUAUUCUUGGACAGGCAAUUGAGGCUGAGUUUGCAUGCAAGCUCUGUAUUGGUCCCUGCACAACAAAACAAGAGGAGUUCUACUAUGAUGCAUACUUCGGCGGUUUGGGAUUGAAUAAUAAGCACUAA